CACUGAGACCUUCCUCCUGAGACUCCAAGGACUGACCACUCUUCAAACCCAGGAUGAAGUUCUACCACUGCCCCGCCGCCGAGACCAUGGGAAUCCAACCUUACGCCCAGGAGUGUGGCGUCCCGCUCACCUGCAAACACUCCACUUCCCUGAAGAAGCUGCGCAGCGUGCACUUCCCCAACGACAUCGUCUUCCAGGACUACGUUCGACAGGGCGAGCUGGAGAGGAUCGGACGCUUCAUCAGAGCCAGGAGGGUCAGCCUGAGCACCAUCUACCUGUCUGGCAUGGCCGCCCUCCACGAGGCCGUCCUCUCAGGGAAUCUGGACUGUGUGAAGCUGCUGGUCCAACAUGGAGCCGACAUCCACCAGAGAGACGAGGAGGGCUGGACGCCGCUGCACAUGGCCUGCAGCGACGGCUUCCCACACAUCGCACGCUUCCUGCUGUCGCUCGGUGCCGACCCGACUCUGGAGAACGACUGCGGGGAAAAACCUUCGGACCUGAUCGAGCCCGACCACCUGGAGCUGCUGCAGCUCUUCGGCCUGUCCGUCAACGACUGAGCCCCGGGCCGGACGAGG